UGCCUACAGGAGAGUGAGUCAGGAAGUACAACACCGCCAGCAGCACCAGCCACAUCCCUGGCAAGCUCACCAGCAUGAUAGCCUCCCACGACCAGAAGAACCUCACUGCCAGGGAAGAAUAAUCUUUUCUAUAAAGAGGGUGUAUUGAUAAAGACAAUAUGGAUGAGAAGACACAGCUGUCCCGAGUCCCCUUACCCAAAGGUGCAGAAGUUGAGGGAGAGACUGUCGUCACUGCCCACGUCACAUUUGCUUCGUGUACUGUACUCGUGUUGCUGAUGAAUGAAACACACUUUCCUUUUCGCUGAGUGUUCAUCAUUGCUUUUUGGCUGGCUGUCACUUAUCAGAAGUGUUGCUAUGCAAGUGUCAACUGGUGUGUGCAUACAACAUUUUCAGCGCUUCAGCUAAAUCUGCCCUAUACCCAAGCCUAAAAAUCAUUCUACCAAACCUAACUAGUCAGUGAAUCACCACACAACACUAACACUCGAUGUCACCAGAAGAAACCUCAGAAGUAACAGUGCCAACAUCUUUAUCGUAUGGAAGAACUUGGGUGUCAAAACUAGUGGGUUAACGUAGAAUACGUGAACAUUAUUCCUGAUAGAAAGUUAUAUGCCUCUUUGACACGGCAUGAAAGUUUCGAGAAAAAUAGCUCAAACUUAUUGACGAAUAGACUGAAAACUAUUUAUUAAUCCAAAUACAAGGACUUCAGUAAAGAUGGUCACACCAAGCUUACAAACUCUGCGUUCAAAUAUAAACUGUGACAGGUAUUUCAACUGUGUUAAUGUUGUGGCUCAAAGAGAGAUGUGCCGCGUGUUCAUGUGGCUGUAUCACCACACCCACCAGCAUGAGCCAGGACUCUAUGUUGGCGACUGCCUACGUAGAACUCCCAAUGGACUGAGGAACAUUAAAACAAAACAAAUGGCAAAACUAAACCGACGAGAGAAGCCUGUAAACAUGGACAUAACAUUGUUGUAUAUCCUCCUUCAGCGUACCUGCAACCUUACUGAGGACAGACCUGCAGGAUCCAUUUGGAACAAGCCUACAACACCAGCUGAAGAACAGAGCCUAGAACACACACUAUAUAAGAUAAAGGAAAUGAGAAAUGAAUUUGAUCAUGAGAUCCUGAGUUUUACACACAUGACUGAACAAGACCUUAAAGAUCGUGUCAGCAAGCUUUGUGACAUGUGUUGUCAUAUUGUACAAGAAGCUGGUCAGUCCACUGGUCGAAGUCCACAAAGCGUGAAAGAAGCAACAGAUAACAUCAAGAAGUCAAUUAAUGACUUACAAACUUCCUGGCCAUCCUCUGGCAUUACACCUCAGAAGUUUUCUAUCUGUGCUAAACAAGAACAGAAGGAGCAGAGAGGGACCGCUUUAGACAAGAGCAUCUCAUUUUUCAUGCCGGUAAUUAAACGUGUAACUGGCAUGACAGCGAUGACACACGAAGAGGUGCUGUACCUGGAACACUUUCUCAAGUGGCGGUGUGUGGAUGGGACUCUGCCACAGAUCAUCUUCCUGCGUGGAGACACUGGAGCAGGGAAAACCUUUCUGUCUCAACAGGUUCUGGAUGUUUGGUUGAAGAAUAACAAGAUGAUUGAAGACCUGGAUGAAUGUGACUUGGUUCUGUUAAUUCAGUGUCGUGAUGUAUUCACUCGCGAUCUUAUUCAUCUUCUCCGGCAUAAGCUUCCUGGGACCAUCCUUUCCUGUGGACCUGUUGAAGUUGAGAACAUUCUUAAUUCCUUGAGAAUAUUGUGGAUAAUUGAUGGAUAUGAAGAAGCGUCAUUUGAUGCUAAAGCCUUAUUAAUGUCGAUCUUUAACAUGGCAGGACCAGAACAGAUUGUUCUUAUAACAUCUCGACCGGAGUAUAGUUUGGAGAUUACCAGUAUGUUGCCGCCAGGGAAACCUGUUUGUGAAGUAACACUGUGUGGUCUCAGUAGUGAAGGGAGGAGCACGCUUCUCAGAUCACUAUUAAUAAGAGACAACAGUGAUGUAACAGAGCGUAAUGAAGAAUAUUACAAGUUUAUGAAAUAUUUGCAGCAACUAACUCCAGAAGUUCAAAAGGAGCUCAGUAACCCUCUAAAGUUAAUACUGUCUGUGCAAAUUUGGAAGGAGAAGUCUAUGAAUGACGUAGGUGCUACGUUGUCUCACCUGUACGCCGCAAUACAAGAUGUGCAGCUGAAAAAUGUUAUUGAAAAGCUUGAAGUGAAGUGCAGCCUAACUGAAGAAGAAAUAUGUGAACGGGUUCAAAAUUGGCUCCAAAUAUUGUACAAAGUAGCUUUCAAUAUGACAAUUAAAAACAGAUUCAUGAUUAUUGAUGAGUCGGAUGAAAAAUUACUGAAGGACAAAGGAAUGUUUCUGCCUUCAUAUACAGACUGUUUCUCAACAUUUCUGACCCCCACAACGGAUUAUUCACCAAUGGGACUAACUCAGUACAUGUUUGUUCACAACACACAACAGAAUUACUUUGCCGCACAACAUAUUUGCUACUUGAUGUCAGAGGAAACCUUUGAUGAAGAGAAACUUGCCAAAUUGCUGAAUGUGGAUCUCUCACAAAUAGGGCAAGUAGACCGAUUUUAUGAAGUGUUGUUGCAUACAAUUUCAAUUUUAAUUAUACAGAAAAAUUUAAAUAAAGACACAGCAAAAGUUUUGACUAAGGUCAUAAAUCAUUGUCAAAACUGCAAUUUGCCUGAUGUGGUUAUUUACUCUGAAUAUUCUGACGUAGUUGUUAGGGAGGUUAGUAGUUUCAUGCCAGACAGCUGGGCUGUCACUGACACAAAUGUCAAGGCCAUCUACCAGUUACUGCAGUACGCCACCCCAUCUGUUAUUCUCCUGAUUCUUGAAGAAAACCCAGACACAAUUGUUAGCCUAAAACCAUUACUGAACCGGAUCGCUGAACGAUCUGUAAAGAUUUUUAUAAAUUUCUUAUAUUAUUUUCUUCAGUUCGAAAAUUCAUGUGAUGAUUACAUAAAAAUUCUCUGUGAGUCGUCAGCAAAGUGUGUUAUAUAUUCAUUAAAAGGAAAGCUCAGUGCAGACGGGUGCUUCCUUUUAUAUAAAAUGCCGGACAUAAGAAAAUUAGAUGUAAUAGUUCAGAACCAGACAACACUAGAGAUGAUUUUAGUCUUUAGCCAGUCGGCUGAGAAUUUAGAAGAAUUAGCUCUGCAUAUAACAGUGAGGGAUUUCAAUCCAAGGAUUUGUGUUUCAGCAGGUGGCUGGGUCAGCUUGGAUGUGUUCCUUCCAUUCAUUGAUGAUGCUCACGUAAUGCCAGUUACAAACCUCCUCCGGCGCAUGAGUUCUAAUUACAGGACCUUGGCAUUAUCUGGAGUCUCUGCUGAAGGUGCUCGUCGGUUUGUUCAGGGCCUCAAAGCAAAAGGUGUCAGGGUGGAAAACUUAAGUAGAUUAGUCAAAAUAGAUGGUGAAAUAAAAGGUGUAUUUCUUCUUUCGUAUGGACGAGUACCUUUAAGAUGUACAGAAAUGCAGUUUAUAGAUAUGUGGCAUGACCCAGAAGUGAACCUUGUUGUUAGUAACAGCGGCUUACAGGUGAAUGUGGCUAUAACACCUAAUGCACAAAAUUGACUUAAUUCUGAAUAGCAAAAAAUGAAUUUCAUUGAAAUGUUAUUGUUAUACUAUAUUUUAAUUUGUGACAUACUUUAAAAUUUCUCUGUUUAAAUUUUAUACUGAUAUUUUACCGCUCAAACUUUUUGAUAGUUUAUAAGAUUAUGUUGAGAUAUAUUAUACAUCAUUAUCCCCUUCAAGGAUAGUGCGAGGGAGGUGCCUUGAUGCUGGUAAAUUCCUCGAUUCAAGGAAUUGGAGCUCUCUCCCCUUCCUUGGAUCAAGCCUGAUUACCUUUCAUUCCCAUUUAGGCUUCUUUCCCAGUUUCUAUAUAUUUUUUUAGAAAUUGGUCAAUAUAAUGAAACUUGUAAUGAAUUGUAUUUAAGUCAUUAAAAAAUACCGAAGGUGA